GAUGCCGUAACCGGCGGGACGGCGGUCGUUUGUGACCAGGCAGACCACCAACAAAUCCAGGAGCGGAGGGGCGAUCAAAGGUGGGGCGGAAGCGCCGAUCUCCCCCGAUUCCAUGAGCAGGAGCAGCGGCGGCGGCCGCGGGAGACAACAACCCGAGGCCGAAUCUGCGGCCGUGCCCGUCCCGGGGCCCUGCGCCUCGACCCAUCGGGCUCUCGCGGAGUGCCACCGCCGUGCCGCCCGCGGCCCGCUGCAGCCCGAGGUGCUGUGCCGGCACCUCAACCGGGCCCUGGCCGAGUGCGUGGUGAGCAUGUGCUGCCCCGGCGAGACCGACGCCGUGCGCACGCUCUGCGGCAGCUCCGGCACCGCGCUCAAGCGCUCCCAGUGCGAGCGCGCGCGCAUCGACCUCUCCCUCUGCCUCGAGGCCCAUACAUGACCUAGGCAACCCAAAACCAAUGUCAUCCGGUACAUUCAUAUGCUGUUUUGUUGUAUGAUUUCCUGUAAAUUCACUGAUGUUGGAGAUGUGGCCUGGUUCGGGAACACCCCUUUAUGCAUAGAGUGUAUAGUAAGAUAAGAGAGGAUCCAGGGACUCUGGAGACAAGACGUGUUCUUGUUACUAAAUAACUUCAAUUCCAAAUGCACGUUUCUAAUCAUGAAUUACUAACUAUUAUCAGCUUACUGGAUAAUAGAUUCGUUUAUCUCCUUGUAACCUUGAAACAAUGAAUAUUGUCUUUCAUUUGCCCUUUCA